GUAUUUGUGAAAACCCCUAGAAAAAGUUCUAGGAGUGUGGAAACAUUUGCAGGACACUAUGCAAUAUUUGGUCUUAAUUUUUAAUCCCAUAAAUUAGACAUAUUUGUGUAGUCUCGGCACAUGUUGGAUAUUUGGAAGAGCGGAAGAGCUUUCUGCCACCGGUGCCUAAACAAUAAAACCGCCGACUGGCUCUGAUUGCUCGCAGAGAUCCAUUUCACAACAGAGCUGCUGCCAAUUACAGCCCAGUAAAAAUUGCUUGUAAUUACAUGUUGCUGUACUCGGCGCACAGUUUGACUUAAAGUUUGGUAACCAACAGAGAGGAGGGGCUCGGGCAUUAUUGUAAUGUUGCUCAAGUCUGUGAGAAAUAUCCUUCUGUCUCUAAUUAACAGCAGUGUUGGGGACUUUUAGGAAUCGGGAACCUUUUGUUCUGAAUUAGUCUGACUGUGCUACUUGGUGUUCCAGUUAAUUACAGGGAAGAAUUUUCAACACCGAGUGUUUUCAACACUGUACGGCUGUAUUGUCCUCUGUUUUGGGUGAACAAUGGUCAGCGAAUGUGGACAGGAAGUGGAACAGAAUGUAUUUGUGAGGCAGCAAGUGUUAGAAGGCUGGUGGUUUCCUGUGAGAUCGUUUUGCUCAAGCCUUUUUUUUUUUAUCCGAUGUAACGAAUGAAUGCUCGUUUUGUUUUCGUCCAACACGCCGACUCCCGGCAAACGGGUUUCAAACACAUUUUCAGAAUCUGAAUAUUUGUAUUUCUCGAGUUUAUUCUGCCAAAAGAGCCAUCCUUCCAUUUAUUUGUAACUCUGUCCACCCAUCCAUCUGUCCUUCCCUCUUUCCAUUAGUCCCUCCAUUCAUUCGUCCAUGCUCAUUAUUCCCUUGACCCAUCCAGUCGUCUCUUCGUCCAUCUUGUUAUCCAUCUGUACCUCCAUUCAUCUGUAUGUCUAACCAUCCACCCCUCCAUGUGUCCACUCUAUUGUAUGUGUAGAUUCAAUAUUUAAAACCUGACCACUGUACAACAUCUGCCAUAAAUACAUGGCAAAGUUUUGUGUUUGUGCAAAAAGAAAAAGUGUAAAAAGGACUGAUAUUGUGUGUAAGAACCCAGAGCAAAGUCCUAACCUGCACAAUGCAGGGAAGCUGUGACGCUAGACUGCUUGUAAAUUCAGUAAAUGCAUUGUAGCGCUACAUAACUAGACUUUUUCCCUUUUUGUGUAUGUGUGUGUGUGUGACUGAGGGUAUAUUAAUUGCGUUGAAGCACCCACAGGAGCAUAUGGUAGAAUGUUUACACCAGCAGCCAGCUGAAGCCUUUUCUCUGCCAGCCUGGUAUGCUCCUGCAGGUCUGGAGAGUUGUCAUCAGCAGCCGGGGACGCAGGCUGCUUUGGUGCUGCUCACACACUUUUCUUCUCGGUGAGGAAUGCAGGUCCAAUCAUUAUUACUCAACACCAGACUGUAACAAAUGAGAACAGACACUCAAGUCAUCUGGAUUUGAGGUUUUGCAGAAGUUUAUCAUCUCAGCUGAGCUUUAAUAGAAAUCCGAGAGCUCAUCUGCCUUGUGGAAUGCUUUUCUGGCAAAAUGCAGACUGCACAAAUCAGGAGGUGGGCACCCCCCCAGGCUGCGGCUCUGACGGGCCAACAGAAUAGAGCUCACAAAGCCCAGGAUGGCUCUGUGCCCUGCACAGCAGUGCCUGUAUCAUUAGUUGGGUUUUCUGAGCUAAUGUCAUGAAAUACAACAUGAACAAAGGGAGCUCCGAGUCUGAGCUUUUUAAUUUAUGCAACUCAAAAUGUAGUCUUUUUUUUGUUUUUUUUUUUGUUUUUUGUUGGGGGAGGGUUGUCAUUUUGUCAUGUUGCAACCACAAAUAUCAGUGUACAUUUUAUGAUAAAUCAACCCAGAGUGGCAGAACAAUUGUGAAGUGGAAGAACAAUGAUGCGUCGCUGUUUCACGUAGCUAUUUGCAAAACUUUACUCUGAUGCCUCUAAAUAAAUACCUGUUCCUUCAGAACCGGAUUUCAGAAUAAAGUCCAUCUUUGUGUAAUUUUAUCUUAGAUUAAAUCCAGCUGUACUAUGAAUGCCUUAGAUGUUUGUCGGAAAACAUUAGUCAACUAACGGCAUCAUGGAGACCAAGAAAAAGAUCAGAUGGGUCUGAAAGUUGUUGAGAAGUUUAGGGCAGGAUUAGGUUCUAAAACAAUAUUUUAUGCUUUGUACAUCUGAGUGAGAACUGUGCAAUCCAUCAUCUUAAAAUGGAAAAACUAUGACAAAUGCAAACCAAGCCAUGACCGUCCACCUGAACUGACAGAUUGGGCAAGAAAAACAUCAAACUGAGAAACAGCCUAUAUGCUCAGGAGAAGCUGCAGAGAUCCACAGGAGGAGGGAGAUUCUUUGAGAAGUAAACUGUUAGUCAUAUACUCCAUAAAUCUGGCCUCACAAUGGAUAAAAUCAGUUAUUUUGGUAUAAAAAAAAAAAAAAACCACAGGAAGUCCCAGUUGAACAUACAUAUGGAGGUCAUAGCAAACAUGCAGAGGACGGUGAUCUGGUUAGAUGACACCAAAACAGAACUUUUGGACUUAUUUGUGGCAGAAAAUUAAGUCUGCACAUCACCCUAAUUGCACCAACCACACAGUGAAACAUGAGUUGACAGCAUUAUGCUGUGGGAAUGCUUUUCCUCAAGAGGGGAAAAAAAAAAAAAAAAAAAAACCAGAGAUUAUGGGAACAAUGGAUGUAGCUAGAUACACUCACACCUAAAAUGAGAUGGAUAAGAUUGAAAAAAAUAUACAUGCAUUAAGAUGGCCUAGUCAAAGUCCAGACCUAAAUUCAACUGAGAAUCUGUUGAAGCAAAGGAAAGUUGGUCAAAGCUACUAAUUAUGUUGGUGUAUCACCUAAAAUCCCGAUAUAUAAAAAAAAAAAAAAAAAAACUUUUGGUGUUUUCUCACUUUUAGUAUUUUGAUACCCUCCUCAUCAGCUGAGCUGUAGUGCCCUCUUUUCCUCAGAGCCAGUACUAUUACUGAUUUUGAAAUUGCUUUUAAAAAAAGAAGGGGGGGAAAAUAGGUUUGAUUCACAGAACAUAAAGAUUUCCCUGUUUGCGUGACUGCGAGUGUUUUCCAGCUCCUUCUCAUCCUUCAGUGCUUCAGUGCCAUUUAAGGGCCGUCUGAAAAGAAGGACAAAAGCCCUUUCUGACCAGCUGUGUGUGUGUGUGUGUGUGUGUGUGUGUGUGUGUGUGUGUGCCAAGAGUAGAGCGAGCAGGCGACACUCCAGUACCUGCAAAUACGAAGCAGAGUUUUGAUGUUUUUGUACAAAAAUGAGAUUCUCUGAACAGAAACACAAUUUAGUUUUGAUUUGUCAAACAAUCAGGCAAGCGUUUUUCCUUCCUGGAGACUUUUGUUUUUCAUUGUUUUUCAAAAUGUAGACUUCAGCUAAUUAGCCCAACUCCAGACGUUUGUCCUUCUCUGCUCACGCUGCCUUGAAGGGCUGCAUGGAGUUUGGAAUACAUGUAGAAAAGCAUUUGGUUAAGGACAGACCGACUGGAGUGAAUGACUUUGUGAAUGUGGACAGGGAAUACCUGAGCUGGGGGAGGUGUAACUGGGGGGGCUGGUGGACAAAGGGUCCUUUUCACACAGCUGUGUAGGUUAGAUUCAUAGAGAGGGAUACAGAUGGGGCGUUCAUUCUGACCCGACGUACUGUCCUUGAAGAGCAUGUUGAAGAAUUCCUGUCGGUAAUUAUCCACAUCUUGAUACCCGCUUUGUGAAUCCAUGAAGAACAAUUUAAACAGCAGUGAUUAUGCUAAAAGAUUCUUUUUUUUCUUCUUUUUUUUUAUUUUGGUCUUGAUUUUCUAUUUAGACCCUUCCCACAUUUUAAUCCCUGUCACAUUCUGUCCCUUCUGAGGUAAUGUUUAUGUCAUCCCUGCCUCAAUCUAAUACCCAGUACAAAAGCAGGAACUGGCCUUGGGAAUGUCUGCUGGCAGAUUCUUCCUGCACCCCCAACAGUCAUGUACCUAUUCAUAGAGAGGAACAAAACAACACUGUUAAUCCAGGUGGCCAGGCAUGCCUGAAGUCCGUUCUCCGCUUGGACUCUCUUACAUGUCAUAAUUUUCUCCUGUUGUGUUCUUUGUUGAUGUAAAACUUUUGCUGCUAUGCUACAAACGGGUGGCCCAGUCACAAGCUCUGCAACGUUAGCCGUACGACUGCAUCGUGACUCACCGCUUCCUGUUUUCCCCCUUUGUUUCCUACACAGUACAUUAGAAAGAGGGAUUUCCUGCGAACUGCCAUCAUUCCAGCCUUGAAUAAUGUUGGGGGCCACACACCGUAACGGCCCCGCUCACUUCUGACCCCAAAAUGGAGCUGAAGGUCUGGGUGGAUGGCGUCCAGAGGGUUGUGUGCGGGGUCACAGAAGCAACCACCUGCCAGGAAGUGGUGAUUGCUCUGGCCCAGGCUAUAGGUCGCACCGGGAGGUACACUUUAGUUGAGAAAUGGCGGGACACAGAGCGCCACUUAGCCCCUCAUGAGAGCCCAGUGGCCUCUCUGAACACCUGGGGUCAGUACGCUGGCGACGUUCAGCUAAUCCUUCAUCGCACGGGGCCCUCGCUCACCGAACGCCCCCCGUCAGAGGGCCCCCCGCUCAGGGGUCCUGAACGCGGCCUCCAUCGUCAGAGCCUGCCUCCUCUUGCAAAGCUCCGUCACCCCAACGACGGCUCUCUUCACCGCCGUGAACCGCGCCGGAAGUCUCUGACCUUCACCGGUGCGCCUCGGAGCCUGAGGGAGAUCCUGAGCGGAGGCCGGAUCGGGGAUGCCGAGGGGAAGCGGAGGCUCCUCCUGGGAAGCGUGGGGAUUCACCACCACGCGGGGCCGGCCUUUGGCACGGCUCCCCCGGGCCUCUGGACCUGUCGCAUGGAAGAUUUGGUCAGACUGGUCAGUCUGCAAAGAGAGACUCUGAACGUGCUGGAGAAGAAGCUGGAGGCGUACGAGGCCGAGCUCCAGGCCUGGUCCGAGGGCCGAGGGGGGCGAGGGGCCGGGUGCGCUGCAGAUCUGGGUAGAGGUGGAGGGCUGUUGGAGGAGAUCCUGAGGCUUGAGAAGCACCUCAGGAAGAAUGAGGUGGAAAUGGAAGAGGAAGAGUUUUGGGCCACCGAGCUGCAGAUUGAGAUGGAGAGCGAGAGGCAGCUGGAGGAACGACUGCAGGAGCUGCGCGGACGACUGCAGGGCUGCGAAAUGGAAAUCAAAGAAAAGCUCACAAUGUUAAAGGGGGUAGAAGCAGGCCUUGAGGAGGAGAAGCUGCAGAGAGAGCGCCAGGAGACCCAGUGGGUCAGUGAAGCCGAGGCGCGGGCUCAGGUCCUCCGGGUCAAGGCGGAGCUGAAAGCCCAAGAGAGACAGGCCAUCCAGCUGGAGAGCAGCUGCAGGGCUGUGGACAGAUCACUUGGACAAAGCAGUAAGAAACUGCAGGACAUGCAGCAGGAGCUGGAGCAGCUGACCAAGGAGCUGCGGCAGGUGAACCUGCAGCAGUUCAUCCAGCAGACUGGAACCAAGGUCACAGUGCUGCCCGCUGAACCGACGGAGGAGGACUGUGCAAACAGCAGCUCUGGCUCAGAUUUGGCGGCGCUGACUGGCUCGCUGAAGCGUCCUGUGUCCACCCAGCCCGUGUCCAGCCAUCUCCGCGUCCUCGCCAACCCUCUUAGCUCUGGCCUGAACCCAGAGGGCAUCUACGUCUGACCCCCUGGUCUGACCCCAAGCAGGACAUCUCUGCAGCUCAAGACUAUGCAUUCUUUGUUUUUAAACCUAUGAAGGUAUCCGAUAGUGAGAGGUGUAAAGAUAUGGUAAACAUACAAUCUCUGAAUGGAAAUAAUUGAGCACUUAAUGGAAGAAAACGCCAGUUGGCAGGUAUGGUCAGGAAAAAAAAAAAUUAAGAAAAACACUGCACCCUACCGACUGGUGCAUCCAUGUUUUCCAUUUCGCUCUGAAACGUCUGGCUGUUGUGGACCUCCUCCAUCAGCAUAUCCACUUAUUGUACUUUCACUUUACUACCUGCUGAAUGAUUUAUAUUCAUCUUUUUGCCUUUUAGAAAGCGGCCAUGAGAAUCUUUGUACGUGUAUGUUUCUCUCUCCAGCAAAAUGUCUGGUUCUCGUUGAAGUGAAAGGAUCCACUUGUUUGUAGUAGAACUGUGAACAAUCCCUCCCUGUGCUCCGUUGGUUCAAGUUAAAACUAUGCACAAAUGGUUCAUAUUUUUGUUACUGAAUGUUUUUGUGUGUACUUACCAAAAUGAAGGCUUACUGUAGAUGUUUGUACUCUUUAGCUUUAUUCAGUGAGUGCAUUUUAUUCUGAAGUUGUGCAUUCCUGCAGUAAAGGCUGCAUAUUAAACCAGUGUUAAUUCUCCUUUUUAGCUGUAUUUUUUUGUUGUUGUUCAACAACAACAAAGUAUAUAUAUAUACAUAUAUAUAUAUAUUUUCUGAAUGUAUUUUAUGCUUGUUUAUCUUAUGGAUUGUGUGUGGCCAAAGAUUGAGCUUGUUGCAUGAUUGUGCUGGCAGCCAUCUUUGAAUGUGCAGAGAGUUCUCAAAGCCAAUCGGUCGACCUGGCAGUGGUAGUCAUAAAGUGGACAGUUGCAGCUACGACAUGAAGUAAGAGUGUGAGUAUGUAAUUAAAAUGGCUUGUGUGCAUUUGUCUGCAUGCGCUCACACGUGGUGUGGGACUUUGAAGGUUUGAAGCACUUGUUAAAUCACGAAAAGUGAAUGUUUGUCUGCAUAUGUGACAGCGAUUCAAGAAAUUUGACGGUGUGUGAGUGCAGAAAAGCCAAGUUAUGAAGUUUCACUUAGGUUGUAGAUAAGCUGCUAAACACAUCAAAGUGCCUUAUCCUCAUAUUGUUAAUGGUGUUUUCCAGAUACAGCAUAGAGGAGGUGUUACGGAGGGCGUUGUUGGGGGGGAAAAAUCAUUAGUUGAGAUCAAGACAACUGUAGAAUUCAGUGCUGGUAUGCAACAUGAGCAGAAGAAACUACAACCUUUCUUUCAGUGUUUUGUAGGAAUGUCAAAUUAAAUAAGAAGGAUCUGUACUUUGUCACUGUAUUGUUACCGUAAUACUACAUGCAACAGUUAAGUUUCUAAUCGUUUUUCCUUUGUUUGUUUUUGUUUUUGUUUUUUUUACUUGGAACACGUGUACUGUAAUUUGGAUCAGAACUUUCACAUUGUUGUGGUCACUGUUUACAACUUCAUAUCUUCUUGAGCUCUAAUAAGAUGUCAACUUUAAAUAACUUUUGUUUCGUUUUUCUUGCCUUAAUCUACUGCAGAUUGUGGCCAGUUGUGUAUGGCUGUAACAGAAUGCAGAUAUGACAUGGAUUGCAUGGUUCAAUAAACCAUCUGAAUAAAAUCA